AAGUUCUAUUUUUUUUUAUUCUACACGUGCAGUGUAAAACAAAAUGGCCUCAACACACAUCAGUAGCUUUUCAGAUGAUGGAGAAUAUUUCGCACAUUCAAGUUCAGAUGGUACUCUAAGAAUAUUUGAAUGUGCGACUGGUAUACUCAAACAAGAAUACAGUUCUAGCUCUCAUCUUUCAGCAACUACAUCAUCACUGACAUGGAGUAGGCACCGAAAAGAAUCUGUAAAAUCUUCACCGCCUAAAGCAAAGAAAAAAAGAUUGAGCAAAUCUUAUGACGAGGAACAUUUUGAAGAUGGGCUAAAAUUGAUUGCUUUAGGUACAACUGCUGGUACUGUAAAUCUAUACAGCUUUGCCAAAGGAUUACUUCACACAGAAUUGACAGGUGGACAUGUUUCAAGAGUAAAUAAUGCUUGUUGGCAUCUUUCUAAACCUGAACUUUUUACCUGCUCAGAGGACCAGACUGUUGUACAUUGGGACUUAAAGAAAGGAAAAGUUAGACACAAAUGGAAAUGUGAUACAUCAAGCAUUUACUCUGUGUGUCAUUGUGCUGAACAGAGGCUACUCACAGCAAGUAAUAAUAUCAAAUUGUGGGACAUAGAAACUAGAACUUUGUUGCAGACCUUUACUGGGCACUCUUCUCCAAUAUUUCAACUUGAACCAGUUUGGCAAGGCCCAGAGAGUGAUGAUGCCAAUUAUGUAUUGUCAGCAGCAGUUGAUGAUAGACACAUCAGUGUUUGGAAUUGCAGUGAAUCUGUUAAAGAUAAGAACUCCAUAGCUUCAUUUUCAGUUCCAGAUGAGCCAGUUUCUAUGUCAUUAUCAAAGCCUUCUUCGUUGUCACAGGAACUUGUUUUGGCAGUUAUUACACGGAAAGGCAUUGUAUAUAUAUUUCAACACAUUUUAAAUGGUAAAAAGAAAAAACCAUUAGUUUCUAAAGUUACUGUAAAGGCUGUCAUGGGGGGUAGUGGUGAUGCUUCAGACAAGUCGGAUGUUCCUAUUUUGGCCUCAUGUUUAAUUCCUGGUAAUGUCACUGUGGCUUGUGGAAACCCCGUUCAACCCAUUUUUGAGAAAGUUGUGUAUGAUACUUCAAAACCAGAAGUUGUUAUAUCUCUAAUGGCACCCGCUAAGACGUUAGUUAAAGAUGAAUAUUCACAGGUCAAACGCCCAGAAAUAUCAAAACAUAUGACAACGUUGAUACCUGCAGAUUCUCAGCCUUUGACUGCCACUAGAAAUAAAGACAAGAAUAGAUUAAGGAGGACUUCUGUUUCAGAGUUAACAGUGGAAGAACGUCUUGCUGCAAUGAGUACAGAUACACCAAGUGAAGUAAAUGUCAAGCAGCCACCUGUAGCAAAUACAUUAAGUAGGCUUUUGCAACAAGGUUUGCUAAGUGGAGAUUCAAAAAUUUUAACAGGUGUCUUCCAGGAAACAAAUGAAACUAUUGUUAGGAACACAAUUAAAAAGUUACCAGUAUCUUGUAUUAUACCUCUUGUAAAAGAAAUUGAAAAGGGGAUGACAGGUCAUUCACAACAUGCAUGGAGCUUGAGCAGAUGGACCUCUUCACUAAUAUCUUGUCAUACUUCAUACAUCUUGUCUGUUCCUGAGAUAAUAGCAACUAUGAAUAAACUGUACCAAACACUGAUUUCAAGACAGAAGUUUUACCCUCAAAUGCUGCAGUUAAAAGGAAGAUUAGAUCUUGUUAAGCAAGAGAGACAUUUAAGAGAAGAAGGUGAAGACACAACAACGGAACCAUUGUUAGUUUAUCAAGAUGAAUCAGAUUCAAGUGAUUCGGACAGCAUGGUGAUUGAUGGUACAGCCUUAGAAUCUGAUGAAAACUGGGAAGAUAUUUCUGAUAUGGAAUCCUAGGUGUAGUCUACUAUUGAUCAAAUCCAGAUAGCAUUUUUAAAUAAUAUUGAGUAUGUCAGCGUCUCAGUUUAUCCCCGAAAUUAACUAAAGUCUCCUAUGUUAACUAAUAGCAAGUUUUGUUGAAGAAUCAUUUACGGCUUUAGUUCUGUUUUUUUAAAUUACUGAAAAUCUUCAGUUAGGAUUUAAUGCUGCAUUUAGACAAUUGUCGUAUUAUUAUAGUUAUAAGAUAUACAAAAUGCUGACAUAAUAAAGUAUUUGAGAGAUUGUUGAAAUCACAGCCAUGUGUGAUAGUCAUGUGUUCAUGUAUUUUAGCAAAUGUGAUGUAGGUAUUAAUGGAGCCUAAAUUUUGUAACAUUGACUAGUGUAUAAAACUUCUUACUCUGGGCUUGAAAGAACUUUAGUCUUUUACAUUUACAUGGUUAUGUAUUGUAUUUUAAAAUUGAAUGGGAUUAGUUUGUUUUUUGACUAAAUCCUAACUGAAAUGAAGUCAAAAAUAUAAUUAUGCUGUUACUGUAGGUGUUACAGAUUGUAUAAAAAAAUUCUUAGAUCUAAUUACGGUGUAAUAAUUGAUCCUAUGGUUUAUGUUAGGUUCUGUCAAGCCCUUUGUUUUAUCACGUGCAUCAUUACCAGACCAAGUUGGUUUUUUAAACUGUACAAUACAAAUAGAAUUUGUUAUGUAAUAAGUUAUUCAAUUUGUGGCAUUCUGAGAAAUAUGAUGCAUUUUGAGAAAUUUGUAAAUUAAAAUACAUUUCAUAUAUG